UGUAAACUUACAUAUUAUGUACAGUAAAACUUGGUUGCAAUAUAUUAAAUUUGUAAUCAAAUAACAUAUGUAUUUGGAAAUGACAUAAGUGCGAUAAUUCUUUGUACGACAAGUUUUCAUGUUGUAUGUUUCUGAACAUUUUUAAUGAGUUUCAGCUUGCUGUUAACUAGGGGGCAAAGAGCACUUUUACGAUCCUUAUACUAUUUAGAGGUUAUUUGUGAUAAAUAAAAUUGAUUAGAAUAUUUCUUAUGUAAUAAGAGAUAUCUUAUAUUGAAAAGUACGUGCCAUUGAAUAUUUUUGAAAAAUGGUCAAGGGUCUUGUGUCUGGAAGACUCGCGCUUGUUACAGGUGCUGGGUCUGGUAUUGGCCGAGCUGCAUGUCAAGUGCUAUCUAGAGAGGGUGCUACAGUUAUAGCUGCAGAUAAAAAUUAUGAUGCAGCAUUGGAAACUAUUAAGAAAUAUACUGCACUGGCCUCUGGUUCAAAUGCAACUGGAGAUCACACUGCUCUGGAAUUAGAUGUGUCAGAUCCAAAAUCAGUGCAGAGUCUAUUACAAGCUAUUCUAAAGGAAUACAAGACACCACCAAGAAUAGUUGUAAAUUCAGCAGGUAUUACAAGAGACAAUUGGUUGCUGAAACUCUCGGAAGAAGAUUAUGACAGUGUACUUAAUGUGAACUUAAAGGGAACCUUUCUUGUGAUGCAGACAUUUGCAAAGGCAAUGACUGAGGCUUCAAUAGCGGGAUCAAUCAUAAAUAUAUCAAGUAUUGUUGGAAAGUAUGGAAACAUAGGUCAAUCCAACUAUUCAGCGAGUAAAGCUGGGGUGGUUGCCAUGACACAAACCGCUGCUAAAGAGCUAGGAAAGUUUAAUGUAAGAGUAAAUGCAAUUCUGCCAGGUUUCAUAGAUACUCCAAUCGUUAAAACGGUACCAGAUAAAGUUAUGCACAAUAUGCUGAAACUUGUGCCUUUGGGGAGACUCGGUGAACCUACUGAGGUUGCCGAAGUCAUAACGUUUUUAGGUUCAGAUAAAAGUUCUUUCAUAAGCGGUGCAGCGAUCGACAUCACAGGUGGAUUCUAAAAAGAAAGCAUUAUUUAUGAAGAAAAUUAUAUCUAUUACCCGCUCGUUUCGUUGGGCAUUAAAUAAAAAAGGGGGAAAGGUCAAAGGAAUUCUAAAAAACAAAGUCAAAGUUAUUGACGAUUCUGAUUUGAUUGGUCAUAUUUAUAUAUGCUUAUGUUCAGUUAUUUUCACGUGAUUGAUGCUCAAAUAAAAAUCAUUCAUUAUAUAUACAAAAGAACUAUAUUCAACUAUUACACAUCAUUUAGACA